AUGCGGUGGUCAGCGCUGUUGGCUUGCCUCGCGGUCAUACCAUAUGAAACAGACGCAGUACCAUUGUCUAAAGAUGCUGAUCUCAUUGCCGACUUACCUGGAUUGACUUUUACCCCCACAUUCAAACAAUAUUCUGGAUAUCUAUCGGGAUCGCCUGGAAAUCAUCUGCAUUACUGGCUAGUAGAGGCUCAGUCUCAGCCACAGUGGGCUCCUUUGGUGUUAUGGCUGAAUGGUGGUCCCGGAUGUUCGUCACUCAGUGGCUUUUUCACCGAGCAUGGACCAUUCCAUCCAAGUUCUGAUGGAAUGUCAUUAGUAGAGAAUGUAAAUUCAUGGAAUAAGGCCGCAAAUGUGCUUUAUCUCGAGUCACCCCAUGAUGUUGGAUUCUCAUAUAGAGACUCCAAAACUUAUCAGAGCGAUAAUUAUUUCAAUGAUGAUAAGACGGCAAUGGACAAUGCUCAUGCUUUGCAAGAUUUCUUCCAGAAAUUUCCCGAGUACCAGAACAGGGACUUCUAUAUAACAGGAGAGUCGUACGGAGGUGUCUACGUUCCUACAUUGACGUCCUUGGUGAUACAAAUGAUCAAAAGUGGAACCCUUCCCAACGUUGAACUUGUUGGUAUGGCAGUUGGAAACGGAAUGCUUAGUCUGCAACAGCAGACCAACUCAGCAGUUGACCUUUUGUACUAUCGAGGCAUGAUCGGAAAGCAACAAUUUGACUCUCUGAAAAGCUGCUGCUUGGAUGAUGACAUUCAACCGCUCACAUACUGUAAUUUUUACCAAUUUGUGCAGUCCGACGAAUAUGGUAACAUUAUGCCAAAAAACAGCAGCAAUAGUCCGAAAUUUACUGAAUGUGGAGAAAUGGUUACGAGUUUAGCUAUGGAUGACGUGUGGGCGACAGCGAACGACGUGUAUAACUCAUAUCAAGACUGCUACAACUUCACAUCUUUGAGCUCUGGAGGCUUGCAGGGUGAAGCCGGUAGACGAACAUGGAAGACGGUCAUGGGAUCAAAUCGAAUGCGACAAAUCGUACAACAGAAUGAUGAUUUGGCAGCCAUAUUCAGCACGGGGUCGAAUCCAUUCAUCGAUCAAGGAUCUCUUUUCAACGCCAAUUCUACGGAUGCGAUGGGAGGAUUUGCCUGCUAUAUGGAUUCUGCUACACAAACUUAUCUGAGUUUGCAACAAACUCGUAAGGCACUGCAUAUCCCGGAUUUUGUACAGCCAUGGGUUGACUGCAACAUGGAUAUCAACUCCAAGUACUACCAUCAGCAAAAUCACGAUAUGACACCGGUUUUUCAGAAUAUCAUCGGCUCAGGAUAUAAGCUGAAGAUGCUCAUAUAUAAUGGCGAUGUGGAUAUGGCUUGUAAUUUCCUUGGUGAUGAAUGGUUCAUCGAGAAUUUGGCUAGUUUGUACAAUUUCACAAUCCUCUCGGAUCGUUACGCAUGGAAUUACACCUGGGGUUCAUUUCUGCCCCAACUCGGAGGUUAUGUGAAGUCUUGGAACUAUAAUCAAAUCUCACUAGAUCUGCUGACUGUAAAGGGAGGUGGUCAUUUCGUUCCCACUGAUAGACCCGGUCCAGCAUUGCAAAUGUUCUACAAUUUCUUGUAUACUGGAAACUACAAUAUCUCGAUACCCUAUUCGCUAAAUCCGCAGCCGUUACUCCAACAAUUUCUGGCCCCACCGCAGCCGUCAUUUACAAGAAAACAGGCAGAUCGGGUGUGGACGCUACCUGGAGUGACUUACGAGCUAAAUUUCAAACAGUAUUCUGGCUACCUCAACGGUGUUACGGGUAACUACUUGCACUACUGGCUGCUCGAGUCCCAAACUAAUCCUCAAACUGAUCCGCUUGUUCUUUGGCUGAAUGGAGGCCCAGGAUGUUCUUCACUGAUGGGACUUCUCAGUGAACUCGGCCCAUUCCAUCCAAAUCCGGAUGGAAUUACCCUUUUCGAAAAUGUUUACUCAUGGAACAAAGCUGCUAAUAUGUUAUUUUUGGAAUCACCACGAAAUGUCGGCUUUUCCAUUCAAAAUUUGACCUUGAAUCCGGAUGAUGUGUACAAUGACGAAAAGACCGCAUAUGACAGUAUGCUGGCAUUAAAGGACUUCCUUAAUGUGUAUCCCGAGUACAAUGGCAGGCCGUUCUUCAUUACAGGUUAG